GACAGACAGAGGCGGCGGUUCCCUCGCUAGGUAUCAGCUACAAACCAUGUCGACAGAACUCCAGGAUGCUCACCUCACAGAGGUGAAACCUCUGGUAGAGAAAGAUGAGGCAAUCACUCGCCUUCUUCCGGAUUUUGAUGUUCAGGAGCAAGAUGUUGAGACUCUGCAUGGCUCUGUCCAUGUUACUAUGUAUGGGACUCCCAAAGGAAACAGGCCUGCCAUCCUAACAUACCAUGAUAUUGGAUUGAAUCACAAAACUUGCUUCAACCCACUCUUCAACUUUGAAGAUAUGCAGGAAAUAACGCAGCACUUCGCAGUCUGUCAUGUGGAUGCACCGGGGCAACAAGAUGGAGCAGCAUCUUUCCCAGCUGGAUACAUGUAUCCCUCCAUGGAUCAGCUGGCAGAAAUGCUCCCUGGGAUCCUAAAACAAUUUGGGCUGAAAAGUGUUAUUGGAAUGGGAACUGGAGCAGGUGCCUACAUCUUAACUAGGUUUGCUCUGAACAAUCCAGAAAUGGUGGAAGGACUAGUUCUCAUCAAUAUAAACCCUUGUGCUGAAGGAUGGAUGGACUGGGCAGCGACUAAGAUCUCAGGAUGGGCUCAUGCCCUUCCAGAUAUGGUCAUUUCACAUCUUUUUGGGAAGGAAGAGAUUCAUAACAACCAUGAUCUGAUCCAUACUUAUCGCCAACAUAUUGUCAACGAUAUGAAUCAAACCAAUCUUCAUCUCUUUGUCAACUCGUACAACAGUCGAAGAGAUCUUGAGAUUGAGCGUCCUAUUCCUGGAGCAAAUGUUGUUACUCUACAAUGCCCUUCACUGUUGGUGGUUGGUGACAGUUCUCCUGCUGUUGAUGCUGUGGUAGAGUGCAACUCUAAACUGGACCCAACAAAGACCACACUUCUAAAGAUGGCAGACUGUGGUGGUCUCCCUCAAGUUUCCCAGCCUGCAAAACUUGCAGAAGCUUUCAAAUAUUUUGUUCAGGGAAUGGGAUAUAUGCCUUCAGCUAGUAUGACCAGGCUUAUGAGGUCCCGUACAGCAUCUGGUUCCAGUGUCACAUCUUUGGAGGGACAAAGGAGCAGAUCUCACACUGGGGAAGGAACAAGAAGCAGGUCCCAUACCGGUGAGGGUGACAGGAACAGAUCCCAUACUGGUGAUGGGUCCAGGAACCGCGCUCACACAGACACACGCGUUGAGCUCACUCCUAACUCUGCAAGCAAUGCUGAACAACCUAGCCCCAAAUCCAUGGAAGUUUCCUGUUAAAUACCUUUUUAAAAAAAAACCAAAAACCUGGAUGUAGUUUGAAACUGUAAACCUUUUUAAUGGUUGCCCACUGUGUAUCACAACACAUAGCUGGUAUUAAUCUCAAGCUUUCCUGUAAGAUGAACUCUGUUCACCAGAGUUUAAAAGGGACCAAAGAAAGCAAACAUCUCAAUUGCUCUAUUUUUAUUACUUAAUACGGAUGGUUGCUGCUAUUGUGCCCUCCAACUGAUGCCACAAUUUAAGGGCUGCUUGCCAAAAGUUAACAUGGCUGUGAACAUUUCAAAAUCAAACCAGACUUACCGAACAUCCUGUUCAAACAAAGAUUUGAAACUAGGAUAUGCCCACUUCUUAUCUCUUAUUUCUUUGGCUAAAUAAAGUGACCCAGUUUGUGGCACAUAUUUAAAAAAAAAAAAA